AUGCCUUCAACGAAGCGACCUGCUCCACGAUCUGCGUCGCCGCAGACCCCUCACCCCAAGCGCAUGAGGACCUCCGACAGUGUCCAAAAAGCAACGCGUUCGAGCAUAUCUGCGGUUGAACCAGGCGUCAUUGAUGUCAUGAACCGCGCGCUGGACUACACCAACGCCGCAACGAAGUACUGGAAGAUUGCCGCCAAGGAAGCCAAUGCCGAGAUCGAUCACUGGAAGAAGGAGUGCAAGCGAUGGAGCGACAAGGCUAGCAGAAGCGAUGCUGCUGUGGUGGACGAGAAGCGUGAGAGGCUCGUGGCACAAAACGCACAGCAAGACGCGGAGCGUCGUUGCGCCCAGUUGUUGGCAAAGCUGGCCACACACAGGGACGCCCUCCUGCAGAUUGGCGGCCUGUCCAAGAGAACAACCGAUGGUAAGUCCUGA